GCCUCCCGCAAGAUGGCGGAAGGUGCCGCACGGGAAGGCGGUGGUCGGCGCGCGCCCCGGUGGGCUUGAGAGAGGCCGGCGCGCGGGCGGCCCUCGAGGCAGGUAGCGGCGGCACCAGCGGCACCGGCACCGGUACCGGCACCGGCACAGAGCCCGCAGCAGAACGUCUCUCUGCCCUCCACCCCCACGGGGAGCCGCGCUCGGCCCGCUCCUGAGCUAUUAGGUUUUUGGAGAUUAACUCCUGGAGAGGAAGAUGACAUCGAUUAUCAAGUUGACUACACUUUCAGGGGUGCAGGAGGAAUCUGCCCUUUGCUACCUGUUGCAAGUAGAUGAAUUUCGUUUUCUUUUGGACUGUGGCUGGGAUGAGAACUUUUCUAUGGAUAUUAUUGAUUCUCUAAGGAAACAUGUACACCAGGUUGAUGCUGUUCUUCUUUCUCAUCCUGACCCUCUACAUCUUGGUGCACUUCCAUAUGCAGUUGGAAAAAUGGGGUUGAACUGUGCCAUUUAUGCAACUAUUCCUGUAUAUAAAAUGGGACAGAUGUUUAUGUAUGAUCUCUACCAGUCCCGCCAUAACACUGAGGAUUUCACACUCUUUACGUUGGACGAUGUAGAUGCAGCUUUUGAUAAGAUACAGCAGCUGAAGUUUUCUCAGAUUGUGAACUUGAAAGGCAAAGGACAUGGUUUGUCAAUCACACCAUUACCAGCUGGCCACAUGAUAGGAGGCACAAUUUGGAAGAUUGUCAAGGAUGGAGAGGAAGAAAUUGUUUAUGCAGUUGAUUUCAACCACAAGAGGGAGAUCCACCUGAAUGGAUGUUCCUUGGAAAUGUUGAGCAGGCCUUCAUUGCUUAUUACAGAUUCAUUUAAUGCUACUUAUGUACAACCCAGGAGGAAGCAAAGGGAUGAACAGCUACUGACUAAUGUUUUGGAGACGUUACGAGGCGAUGGAAAUGUAUUAAUAGCCGUGGAUACAGCAGGCAGAGUUCUGGAACUUGCUCAACUUCUUGAUCAGAUCUGGAGAACAAAAGAUGCAGGAUUAGGAGUCUACUCUCUAGCACUUUUGAAUAAUGUCAGCUAUAAUGUAGUGGAGUUCUCUAAAUCACAGGUCGAAUGGAUGAGUGACAAGUUGAUGAGGUGCUUUGAAGACAAGAGAAACAAUCCUUUUCAGUUCCGACAUCUGUCCUUAUGUCAUAGUCUGUCUGAUCUGGCUCGAGUGCCUAGUCCAAAAGUUGUUCUUGCCAGUCAGCCUGAUUUAGAGUGUGGGUUUUCUCGAGAUCUUUUCAUUCAGUGGUGCCAGGAUUCCAAAAACUCUAUAAUUUUAACUUACCGCACUACACCUGGAACAUUAGCACGAUUCCUGAUUGAUAAUCCUUCAGAAAAAGUUAUAGAUGUUGAGUUGAGAAAACGUGUCAAGUUGGAAGGAAAAGAACUUGAAGAAUACCUAGAAAAGGAGAAAAUAAAGAAAGAAGCAGCUAAGAAGUUAGAACAGUCUAAAGAGGCAGAUAUUGAUUCCAGUGAUGAGAGUGAUGCUGAAGAGGAUAUUGAUCAGCCAACUGUACAUAAGACCAAACAUGAUCUGAUGAUGAAAGGUGAAGGUAGCCGUAAAGGAAGCUUCUUCAAACAGGCAAAGAAAUCUUAUCCGAUGUUUCCAGCCCCUGAAGAAAGAAUUAAGUGGGAUGAAUAUGGAGAGAUUAUCAAACCUGAGGAUUUUCUAGUUCCAGAACUGCAAGCAACAGAAGAAGAAAAAAGCAAGUUAGAAGCUGGUUUGACAAAUGGAGAAGAGCCUAUGGACCAGGAUUUAUCAGAUGUUCCUACCAAAUGUAUUUCUGCAACAGAAUCCAUGGAGAUAAAAGCCAGAGUUACAUACAUUGACUAUGAAGGACGCUCAGAUGGUGACUCAAUUAAGAAAAUAAUUAACCAAAUGAAGCCGAGACAACUGAUCAUUGUCCAUGGACCACCUGAGGCCAGUCAAGACCUUGCAGAAUGUUGCAGAGCUUUUGGUGGAAAAGAUAUUAAAGUUUACAUGCCAAAACUGCAUGAAACUGUAGAUGCAACCAGUGAAACUCACAUUUACCAGGUCAGGUUAAAAGACUCUCUUGUAAGCUCCCUUCAGUUCUGUAAAGCCAAGGAUGCUGAACUGGCUUGGAUAGAUGGUGUUCUGGACAUGCGGGUUUCCAAAGUGGAUACAGGAGUUAUUUUGGAAGAGGGAGAGCUGAGGGAAGAGGAAGAGUCAGAGAUGCAAGUGGAUGUGCCUUCUUCAGACUCUAGUGUCAUUGCACAACAAAAGGCCAUGAAAAGCCUCUUUGGUGACGAUGACAAGGAGAUGUGUGAGGAGAGUGAGAUCAUCCCGACUUUGGAACCCCUGCCACCUCAUGAGGUUCUUGGGCAUCAGUCUGUGUUCAUGAACGAGCCAAGGCUGUCAGACUUCAAACAAGUUCUCUUGCGGGAAGGCAUACAAGCUGAAUUUGUAGGAGGAGUGCUCGUGUGCAACAACCUGGUGGCUGUCCGCAGGACUGAAACGGGGCGCAUUGGAUUGGAAGGCUGUCUUUGUCAGGACUUCUAUAGGAUAAGAGACCUUCUAUACGAGCAGUACGCUAUCGUCUAAGGAAAAUGCUGCAAAGAUAUUUUUUCUUGAACUUUUACAGACAAUGGAGUUUUCUCCCUAUUUCAAUUUUUUGUAGUUUUCUAAUUUAUAUAGGGGAAACUGAAUUCAUAAAGAACAAUUAACUUCCCUCAACAUGUAAAUAAUCGCUCUUGUCUUUCUGUUGAUACAUUCCAUGUUCCUGACUUUCAAACUGUUAAAGACUUGCCCUUUCCCAUGUCACAAAAUAUAAAUGUGUUUAUGAUUAUGAACCCUUCUCAGAAAAGGUUCUGUUUGUCAAAACAUGGUUUUGUUUCGUAGAUCCCUGCCGAAGAGUACAAAAUACACAAAAGUAAUUCUUCUGUUCUAAAGUAAGAUUCGAUAAGGAACUGUGUGGGGUAUUUAGUUUUGCUUUUUUUGGGUUUUGUGUGAUCGAUUUUGUUUGGAGUUUUCCUAAAUAACGUUUGGGGGGGGGGGGUUUGUUUGUUUGUCUUUUAAUGGAGGUUAGUAACAUUUUUAAUGUAACAUUUUGAAUAGCCAACCUAGGGCUAGACUACCUAAACUUUACACCAGUGUUAGUCUGGCUGCAUCCUAGUGUUGUAUUUGUUCCACCUUACUGAUUUGUUCCAGAACAUAAUUUCAUAUUCCGUUUAAAGUAUUAAUCUGCAGGAUCAAAAAAUUACUUUGGGAAGUCACUCUAAGACUUGGUGAUAUUGUCAGGCAUUUAAAAUCCAGUAAUUGUGCAUUACAGAGUAACUUCAAUACAGACUUAUAUAAAAUCUGUAAGUGCUUGCUCUUGCAAAAUUACACUGAUUAUGAAAUAUUUUCUGAGUUCUGGUUUUCAUACUUUUAAAAUGUAAAGACUUUAUCCAUCCACUGCUCUUUGUUCAAAUUGCUAUGGGCCAACUUCAGUAAGAUCCUUUAUCUUGAGAUCUGAGUUCAUGUAAUGUAUUUAAUGCUUUUGUGCCAUGUUUCAUUCUAAUUGCAUGUUAUGUGCAAUUUGUCAUUCUGGUUUACAGUGAGACUUACUAUAGCAGCUGAUGCUAGGAACUGACCUGAGUUUUUAGGUGAAGAUGAGCACAGUUUGGGCGCCUUAAUUUCUCAGAAAAUAACUUAUGCAAACAAAUGUCCUCUUGAGACUUUAAUACUUUUUUUCCCCUGCCUGUGUGUGAACCACCAGCUUUGGCAGUGAGAAUUGCUUGCUUAUUUUGACAUACAACAAUAAUGUAGUAUGUGAUCUCUGUGUGUAUGUUUAAAUAAAACCUUUUGAAAAAGUGACAAAAAAAGCCCUGUGGGCUAUCAAUGGAAAGAUAAUCUACUUUGUGAUUCAUUCUUAACAUAGUUUUCUAUCCGAACUACAGACUAUUUAUUCUGUUUAAUGUAUUAACUUAAAACUGAAGACAGUGUUAAAAAACAAACAAAACAAACACUGGAAAAAAACCAAAACACCCAUGCUAGAAGUAUAUACUGAAAAUGUAAAAAUCUUGAAAAUUUAAUGCUGAGUGAGAACAUGUUUUGUUAUACAAAAUCUUCAUCAAGAAUGACUGAAUGGCUUAAUGCUUUUUUGUUGUUUUGUAUUUGUUGUUUUUUUUUUUUUUUUUUUAACAGUGCGGAAAAAUGUUUCUUUUCCAUUAUAUUGACAGAACUUCACAGAAAUGCUUUGGUUUUGUAGCUGUUUUGUAACAGUGCUAUGUAAAUCCAUGUAAUGCUGGGUGCUUGGUGGUGAAUACUAUUGUAUUACUAUUGCUGCUGAUACUAAUGAAUUUUCAUAAAGUGAGUUACUUUACAUAAUCAUAUUGGCCCUAGGACUUUUAACUUGAGGGCUCAGGAUGGGCUGAGGUUGUGUAUACCUACAUGGAAAUUUACAAGAAAAAAAUCUGAGGAGAUCAAACUAAAAAUAAUGCUGGUUUUGAGAAGGAGAUAAAGUGAAGAAAAUGUGAUCAUAAACCUUAUGUAAGUCUUGUUUGGUUUUGGUUUAUUUAACCCAUUUACUCAAAUUCAGCUAACCUUAACAAAAUUUAAUGUUAUCAGUCUAGUGUGUUCUGAAAGAGAAGAACAUCAAACUAGUGCCAUGACUAAGAAGAGGCUCAUGUAUGAGCAAACCAGCUAAUUCUUCCUUUUUUAGUGUCUUCAGCAUGAAUGUUGCUUGAAAUCAGGCCUAGGAAGAUGAUAUGCAAGGUGAUAGUAGUCAUCUGAGUGCUGGGAAUGGCCAAAGCUGUCUUUCUGGACGAUUCUGGUGGUGAGAGGUAUGAAGGGGAAUACAGGACAUCUGUAGUAAAGAUGCAAGAGGCUGCAGUGCUUUGAGGCAACUGUAAACCUUGGCUGUGCUUUUAUUGCUUGUAAGUGUUGGGGAACUGAUGCAAAUUCCCAUGAAUCUGCAGUCAGUUCUUUAUUGUUCUUUUCCAUUUGUUUUUUGUUUGUUUUGUUUUGUCCUUAAUUUAACUCAAUUUAACUUGUCUCAAAUUUUCAGAUUUACUGAUCUGAUCUGAAAUGAAAGACUCAUUUCCCCUUAUGUCCACAAAAUGUCAGUGCUGCCAUGGACCGUAAGCUGUAUUUUCUGAUUUCUGCAUUUUCUUCAUUAGUAGUUAAAAUUUGAGAAGGACUACCAUUUCCUACUCUUUGCUCUGUUACUUUUGUGGAUACGAGUAUUAACUUCUAGUUAAACCCAGUUUUGUUACCUCUUGACCAUUUAAAAAUAUUUCUUGCUAAGGGGUUUGGAAAAUUCCUAUUCAUCAGCUAGGAGUCAAGGGGGUGUGGAGACACAGGAGAGGCAGAAACUUGCCUUCUCCUGUCCCUGAACUCUGUAGGUUUUGUGUCCUCCUCUUCCUCUUCCAUUGUAUUAGGUUAUGAAGAUGUAUUUCAAAAAAUUAAAGGAAGGUAGAAGCAGUUAAAAAAAAUCUAGAAUUGUUAAUCUGUUCCCAUUGGCUAAACAUAGCUUUUCCCUAAAAUUAAUAACUUUAUGAGUCUCAUUUUUUAUCAUUUUUCUUUGACACCAUGUGCUGGAGUUGAGGUGAAGCUGAAGAUCAUUUCCCUGAACAUUUAGACUUAACCAGAUCCACUUCUCAUAAUAUGCUGUUAAUGGAAAAGUUAUAUACUCUGCAUUCUGUCAGAGUAGCAUUCCCAUGAGAGCACUUAGGAUCUAUUUUUUAGUUAAACUGUCUUGGAAAGAUGGGAAUUCUGUGUUUGUACCAGCAUCUAAUUGCAGCCUAACACUCUUAAUUCAAAAUGCUUUCAGUGGCAUUCAUUUUCUUCAAAGUUCGUCUUUUUUUUUUCUCUUAUGAAUCCAUGUGUAUAAGUUUUAUAAUGUGCUCAUCUCAGCUUUUACUCCAAGUAUUUCUCGGAAAUAAUUCUGAACGGAAUAGCUAAUAUGUUUUUAGCAGCAGUAACACUCAAAUUGUCUAGAAAAAUUGUACAAUAAUUGUUUGAAAGAUCCUUGAAAGAAAAAAAUGGAAUGUACAACUUAGUCAUCACUUAGUCAUCACCAAAUCUCAGUAGGACUGUCAGUUGUUUGAUUUCUGUAUCUCCUUGUGAAAGAAACAAGCUUCUAAAAAAUGCUUUCUGAUGACACUAUGCAAUGAACUAUUCAAGUAAAAAACAAGUUACCCA